AUGACGACGAACAAAACCAUUGAAGACUCUAUGUCUAUGUUUUUUGACGAUGAAUUCAACCCUACCACAUACAUUGAUCACCUAGUAUCAACAAUUACACAACAAAAGACUUCAGCAACUCCAAUGUCAGCAUAUUCCAAAAAGUCAUUAUCAAGUCUAUCUCAUACAAUAAAUCAAUUAAUAAUACAUUUUGAUUAUUAUGUUAAUGAUAUUGCAAAUAAUGAAUUAAAACUGAAACUAAAUCAAUUAGAAAAUGCAAGUUCAAUUAUAAAUUCAAAUCAAGAAGGUACUUCAAGAUUACAAUAUUAUACAAGUUUAUUAAAUAAUUCAAUAAUUUCAUUACAAAAUGAAUUAACUUCAAUAAAUGAAAAAUUAGAAAUAAAUGAAGAUAAUGAAGCAGUUCAAACACUUAUAAAAUUAAAAUUAAUCAAGACAAAUUUAUUAAAAGUUAUAAAAAUUUUAGAAACAAUAACAUUAAAUGAUGAUAAAAGACUAUAUACAAUUGAUGAAUUUGAAAUUUUACUUGAUGAAACUUUUGAACAAAUUAAAAGAAAUAAAAAUGAUCCUUCUGUACAAAAUUAUAUUAAAAAUAUGAUUGAAAUGUCAAAUUUAUUUCAAAAUUUAAAUCAUUUUAAUCCAGUUUUUAAGAAGUUUAUAAAUAAAUUAAUUAAUGAACAAUAA